CGGUUAACCAGUGCGCUGGCUAGACGCGCUCAGAUAUACUGAGUGAGCCCCGAAAAGCAGUCUCAGAUCCUGACGGUGCAGCAGCCCGCAGCCUCAGCCAGGGAGUCCCAGCCGCUUUCAAUGGAGGAGAAGCCCGGCCAGCCACAGCCUCAGCACCAUCACAGCCACCACCAUCCGCACCAUCACCCCCAGCAGCAGCAGCAGCAGCAGCAGCCGCACCACCACCACCAUUAUUAUUUCUACAACCACAGCCACAACCACCAUCACCACCACCAUCACCAGCAGCCUCACCAAUACCUGCAGCAUGGAGCCGAGGGCAGCCCCAAGGCCCAGCCGAAGGCGCUGAAACAUGAGCAGAAACACGCCCUCCAGCAGCACCAGGAAACGCCGAAGAAGAAAACAGGCUAUGGUGAACUAAAUGGUAAUGCUGGAGAAAGAGAAAUAUCUUUAAAGAGCCUGGGUUCUGAUGAAGCUACCAGCCCUAUUUCCAGGGUCCUCAAUGGCAACCAACAAGUUGUAGACACUAAUCUGAAGCAGACUGUAAAGGCCAGCACCUUUGGGAAAGCAGGAAUUAAAACCAGGAAUUUCAUGCAGAAAAACAGUAUGGACAAAAAGAAUGGGAAAUCUUAUGAAAAUAAAUCUGGAGAGAACCAGUCUGUAGACAAGACUGAUACAGUAGCAAUUCCAAAUGGUGUUGUAACAAAUAAUUCUGGCUAUAUUACUAAUGGUUAUAUGGGCAAAGGAGCAGAUAAUGAUGGUAGUGGAUCUGAGAGCGGAUAUACCACUCCUAAAAAAAGGAAAGCUAGGCGCAAUAGUGCCAAGGGUUGUGAAAACCUUAAUUUAGUUCAGGACAAAAUAAUGCAACAAGAGACCAGUGUCCCAUCCUUAAAACAGGGACUUGAAACUUUCAAGCCUGACUACAGUGAACAAAAGGGAAAUCGAGUAGAUGGUUCGAAGCCCAUUUGGAAGUAUGAAACUGGGCCUGGAGGAACAAAUCGAGGAAAACCUGCUGUGGGUGAUAUGCUGCGGAAAAGCUCUGAUAUUAAACCUGGUGUGAGCAGCAAAAAGUUUGAUGAUCGGCCCAAAGGAAAGCAUGCUUCUGCUGUUACCUCCAAAGAGGACUCGUGGACCCUAUUUAAACCACCCCCAGUUUUUCCAGUGGACAAUAGCAGCGCUAAAAUAGUUCCUAAAAUAAGUUAUGCAAGCAAAGUUAAGGAAAACCUCAACAAAACUGUACAGAAUUCUUCCGUGUCGCCAUCUUCAUCUUCAUCCUCUUCGUCAUCUACUGGGGAAACUCAGACCCAAUCUUCAAGCCGGUUAUCCCAGGUCCCUAUGUCAGCGCUGAAAUCUGUUACUUCGGCCAACUUUUCUAAUGGGCCUGUUUUAGCAGGGACUGAUGCAAGUGUGUAUUCUCCAGGGGGUCAGCCACUGCUAACUACUGCUGCUAAUACUCUAACACCCAUCUCUUCUGGGACUGAUUCAGUUCUCCAGGACAUGAGUCUGACUUCAGCAGCUGUUGAACAAAUUAAAUCUAGCCUUUUUAUCUAUCCUUCAAAUAUGCAAACUGUGCUGUUGAGCACAGCACAAGUGGAUCUGCCCUCUCAAACAGAUCAGCAAAACCUGGGGGAUAUCUUCCAGAAUCAGUGGGGUUUAUCAUUUAUAAAUGAGCCCAGUGCUGGCCCUGAGACUGUUAUUGGGAAGUCAUCAGAUCAUAAAGUGAUGGAGGUGACAUUUCAAGGGGAAUAUCCUGCCACUUUGGUUUCACAGGGUGCUGAAAUAAUCCCCUCAGGAACUGAGCAUCCUGUGUUUCCCAAGGCUUAUGAGCUGGAAAAACGGACUAGUCCUCAAGUUCUGGGUAGCAUUCUAAAAUCUGGGACUACUAGUGAGAGUGGAGCCUUAUCCUUGGAACCCAGUCAUAUAGGUGACCUGCAAAAAGCAGACACCAGUAGUCAAGGUGCUUUAGUGUUUCUCUCAAAGGACUACGAGAUAGAAAAUCAAAAUCCUCUGGCGUCUCCUACGAACACUUUGUUAGGCUCCGCCAAAGAACAGAGAUACCAGAGAGGCCUAGAAAGAAAUGAUAGCUGGGGUUCUUUUGACCUGAGGGCUGCUAUUGUAUAUCACACUAAAGAAAUGGAAUCUGUUUGGAAUUUGCAGAAGCAAGAUCCCAAAAGGAUAAUCACUUACAAUGAAGCCAUGGAUAGUCCAGAUCAAUGAAGGACCAGACUGCCUAUUUGUAACCUUUCUGCAGCAUUAGAGCCACCGUUCAUGGGGGACACAAGGCUUUUAUGCUCCUAGAUCUUCAACGCAGCAGAGGAACCAUAAGUAGAAUCACAGGAUAAUAUAUACAAAUAUAUAUAUAUACAUAUAUAUAUAUAGUUAUUUAAAAAAAAAAAAGGCAACUGAAAGUAAUUAGACUUCUUAAGGAAUCAAAUUUAUUUCAAGAGACUACACAAGGUUAUUUAAUCUCCGGUACUGAAUAGUUUUUUGUUUUUUUUUUUUGUUUUGUUUUUUUUCUUCUGUUAGUUUUUGUUUUUAAGUGUGAAUGCAAGUGAUUAAUGAAUACAGACUUAUUAACAAGCGUGGUUCUAAAGUUCCUGCUGUCAUCAACUUGGGCAACAAAUGACCCACUGGAAAGGCAAAUCCACUUAAAAGAUCUCUGUAUCUUGUUCUGUGACUAAAGUGAUACACUAAUCACGGGGAACCCAGAAUGAUUCACCAUUUUCCCCCACUCCUCCCUUGAUCUUUUGGUUAUACUUUGAGCCCUGCGAGAAUGCUGGAUAAAAAUGCCUUGAAGUUUGCAGGGGUGUAUUUUUUUCUUUUUUUCUUUUCUUUUUCUUUUUUUUAGCGAAUAUGAUUUGCAUGUCUUGCCAGGAGUUGAACAGCCUCUAUGGGGAUGUUGGGGAAAUAUUUUCUUUUCCUUUUAUUUUUUGUGGGGUGGGAAUAGGGGAGGGCAUUGAAGUUCUAGAAUUCUGGAAUAGUUGGUGGUACACAGUUCACUUGGCUUUGGUUACAUAUUGGACUUCAACAAGUGAAGAACCCAUGAGUGUCAUUUAAGGAAAAGUUACAGAGCAAACAAUUGGCUUUAGAUAUUUAAUAGGAGAAAAUAUUCCUUUGCCCAUAUUUUAAUGUAAUUGUGUAAGUGGGAGCAAAAAUAUAUUCUGCUUUUCAACUGUAGGUGCUCCAGACUUGCUCUCUGUCACUAACACUAAAUGUACUGUUUUCCUUGUUUUUCAUUGAACAUCUAAAGAGAAACUUCUGUACCUUUCUGUAAAUUCUCUUUUAAUUUCUCAGAAAUAUCUAAAAGGGGAAGAAAAAUUUCCAUGAAAAUUACAAAACUUUUCAUGUUUUUAGCCAGUGAGGAGGUAAUAAACCCUGCCUAUAGAAGGUGUUUUCAUGCAAACUAUACUUCUGAGCUUAUUAGCUUCUAAUUAUAUCUUAAUAAAUAUAUUUUAUUACUAGAGCAAAAUGGGUUUUUUAAGGAAAAUAAUGUGAAAUUCUGGAAAUUUUCUUUUGGGCAGAGAAGAGCAUUAGCCCUGUCUUAUCAUCACAUUGCCAUCCUGUUGCACUGCAGCUUGUAUAUAGCAUGCUGAAAUAAAUUUUUUGUGUGUGUGCAGAAACUAAGGGUCCAAUUUAAGAUUGGGUGAUGUUAGUGGCAUAAAAACAAGUUCUCUGGCCUGACAUAGCAUCACAUUACACACACACACACACACACACACACACACACACACACACACAGAAAUUAGUAUAUCCAUGUAUGUCAAAUACAGGUUAAAAUAGCAGGGCAUUUAUAUAGAGAGGUGUAGUCUUCUAAUAAAAGUAGACUGGAUCCCUUGGGGUAUUUGGGGGAGAAGGUACCUACUUUUGCUCAAACCGUUUGCUUAAGAAAUGUCCAGUUUUGAGCGACUGUAGUAUGGAUGAGUUUUCUUGUUUUGUUGAUUAUUUGAGACUUUUAACAAGUAGUUUGUGAAAGAAGCUGUUGGGCUCAACAUAGAGUAGAGAAAAUAUCUUUAGUCUGGAUUUCUGCCCUGCUUAGAUUUUUAAAAGUAUAAGCAUGGAUUGCCAAUUCCACUUGAUGUAAACAAAACUUUUUAUACAUAAUAUAUAUAUAUAAUAACUUAUUGUAUCAGUCCAGGUUCAGAAACUUGUGGUAGGCCAGUUCCAGAUAGUUUCAUUUCACCUGUAAACUGUAUCACUUUUACUGAUAUUGUAAUUUUCAAAUGUAUAAUAUGUUUACAGAUGUGCCCUGCAUUUAGUCUGCCUUGUUCCUAUUUUGAUUUUUGUUGAGUCUCCUGCCUGCUUGCCAAAAGCUAGGAUGCUUCAGGCCCAUGUACAAUUGAAAGCAGAGGCAUCCUUGAGCUUUAAAGCAUUGAACAAACUGGAAAUUGCAACAUACCACAUACUGAAGUGAAAGAAGUCUGUGUUUUUGUGUUUUUUUUUUUUAAAUAAAAAUUUUCAAAAAGUUAAAAAAAAGAAAUAAGGUUGAUUAAAGGACAAAAAGGCUCCAGUUUGUUUUAUAGGUUUUAAAGUUCUGCUGUGUGUUCAAUUGCCUUGUGUAACCACUUGUCGCCUUAGGGCCAGAUUCCCCCUGCACCUCCCCCCUUUUUUAAAUGUCCAUUUUGCUUGCCUGGAAUUUAAAAGCUCUUCUGUCUCACAACUCACAAGAAACUUUCUGGGUUUGUGACAUAGAGGUUGAAUGAAUAUAUAUAUUUAAAAAGAAAAAAAAAAAAACCACCAGCCCCUGUCUGAAUUGGGCUUUUUAAUUUAGAAGCAACGCUUAAAAAAUACCUUUAGAAUAAUCUCUUGUUGCUUUCCUACUUCCCUUCCAUAUAGCCCUCAGGCCUCCAUGUUUAGAGAAGCCAAAAAGAAUGUAUCCCUUAUCUGUUUGUCCAAAGGUUUUUGAGAGUCUCACUUCUGAAUGAAACAAUGCAACAUUUCACCUUGAUUUUCUCCACUGAAAUUUCCUUAAUUAUAUGGUUAGAGGUAUAUAGUUAGGAAUGUCUCUUUCUGGGAACCCUAGUGCCCCAUCAUAUUAAGUCAGUAUUUUUGGGCAUUGGGUUAAUGGACUUAAUUGCCUAGGUACAAGCAGGACUUUGGGACAAAUCUCCUUUGUGCUGUUUGGUAACACUUGCCGCAAUCUUUCUCCUUAGGUCCUCACACAAUUCCUUACAGAGCACUUAUUAAAAAAAAUCUUAAGAGUUGAUCUGUUUUCUGAUUAUUUUUGUGUAAGCUUCUAAACAAACUUCAGCUGUGAUUAAUUUAGCACAUUUAAAUAACAUUAAUGUGUUAUUGUUUGGUAUAAAGAAUUUUCCUUCAACUCAGAGUAUUAGUACUGUAGCAUAAACCAAAUACAGUCUAGAGGGGAUUUUUAACAUCCCUCCAUUAUAAAGACUGAAAAAGGAGUGUGUAUGUGUGUGUGUGUAGUGUGUGUGUGUGUGUGUGUGUGUGUGAGGGACAGGGAGAUAGUAAAAUUAGUAAGUGAAUGUGUGUAAGACAUUAUAUUAGUAUUCAGAGAAUGAACUUGUAUUUAUUUUGUGCCAUUUGUUUUCAUUACACAGAAUAAAAGUCAGGUGGUUUUAAUUCUUAGAAGGGUAGUAUUUGAAAAAUGGCACUAAGAAUGAAAUCAUGACCUAUUUUUUUAAUAGCUAUGAAGAUACUAAUUAUGGGUGAAGAUUUCUUUUUAAAUCUGUCUUGAUUGUAGGCUUCUGUGUCAAACAUACCACUCUUAUUGUAGAUGUCUAGAAUAAUUCCCCUUCCUCACAAAAGACAGGGUGUAUUUAUCUUUCUCUUUAUUCACCCCCACUUUGCUGAACUGAAGUUAAUUGCAUAGCCUUUCCUCUGACUUUCUUAGUAAUGAACUUUGACGUAAAGUAUAUUUACAGCAUCUGUAGUUAGCCCCGCCUCCUCCUUUCUGGGAGGGGAUAGACAAUAAUUAGGAAUUUGUUAAUGACAGUUGUUUUUUCUUCGAAUAAAUGGCUGGAGAUGGUAUCUCCAUUUUAGAAUUUUGCUGUUGUUCUUAAUCACCUGCUUAUCUACUCAUUGAGAAUUUGCAAAAACUUUAUAAAGGAUAAAAAGUGCUGCAUUGGUUUUUCAGAUAACAGUUUCUAGGGAAAAUAUGGAAAACCUCAGUUAUGAGUAUUGUCCACAGUACAAAAUGUGUUUGGUCACAAAACAUUACCAUAGCAGUGGUAGAUUCAUACUUGGUUUAGUCUUGUUGCUAACCCAACUGGAGGCCUCUAAUGGCUUAUCUUGAAAACUUUCAAAUGCAAAAAGCCAUUUAGUGUGAAAUUUGAUGUCCUAUCCAAUGGCCACAGGCAAGGAAAACUGGAAGAGGACUUACUUUAAAUUGUUAAGUAAGGAGGGAGUCAUUUUGUCAAGGCUAUUUUCAGAGAAAAAGGUUUGAAAGUCCCAUUUCCAAGGAUUAGGAGUAUAGUUACACCACUGGGCCAUAUCCUUGAUACAUGAUCCUUGUGUACCUAUGCUAACUGCAAAAUAGACUAGUAGGACAGGUACAUAUUAGGGACAGUUUUUAUAAUCAGGUCUGUUACAUGACGAUGUUGUACUAGUUGACUUAGAUUCUGACUGGGCAGUGUCCAUUGAUAAUCCAGAACUGAACUGCUUCAUUUUGAAAGGCGUAAGAUUUGCUCAUCUUUUCCUUCCCAAAGUAUUGAUACUUGUUUAAAAGGGAGGGUCAGAGAACAAAUAUAUAUAAUAGCUGCUCCAAGUUUGCAGAUGCAUAGGUUAUCAUUAGUUCUUAAUAGUGAUGUUAUUUUUAUUAAUGUGAUUAAUCAGCAGAGCACCAGGAUUAUUUUAUGGUGAGAAAGAUGGGCUUAUGCUUUGAGUAUCUUAAAAUGUUCUUUUUAAGUACACUUAAAAAUCUUUUCAGAUACGUGAGAGCCAGGACCACCCUGGGUUGGUUUAAAGAAUGAUAAAUCAUUGGCUCCCCUCAAGUGCACUGCUUUACUGAGUUUUAAAUUAAAUUUCACACUGUUUUGCUACUCAAUAAGAAUAAAUAGAAUUUUAAGUUGUCUGGGUAAUAGAAACACCCGGUGAAGCAUGAAUGGUACGUUGCUUUUGCAUUACUGGGAGUGUCAAAUGGCAGUUAUGGGCAAGAAACCUAUGGAACAGCCAUCCUCACGUGUUGGGAUUGCUGAUUCAGACUUCCCUAUUUACCCAUAAAAUUUUGCUUAUGUCCAGAGUUCUGAAGCCAUUUUAUAAUACUGCAGUAUCCCUUUUCUAUAGCCUUACUAAAAUAGCUACAAACAUAUUCCAGUUUAUUUUCACUUUCAUUGUAUAUCAAAGUUUAUACAGACCAAGAAACCAACUUGAGGUAAAUUACAUAGCUUUCCAUAUACCCUUUUUUUUCCUCAGGUGCUAAACAAAGGCUCCCAAAAAAUGGAUACUGCUUUAGUAAUGUCUUUUAUUCUUAAACAUUUCUUUUGCUAGAUGUAAAGAUUUGGUGUUAAAAAUGGUUUUAAUAUGUAAAUAUGAGUGAAUGCCUUUAGUUUGCCCCUGUUUGUCUAUUAUUAGUCUAUUUCAUUUAUCCUCUCUAGAGGAGGAUCCUUUCAUAAUCUUGAAUACAUUUCAUUAGGAGUUGUUGCAUUUCUUAGAGUGAAAAUACAACUGUUUUCUGUCUUGGAUUAAUCCUGCUGCUGCUAUGAGAAACUGAAAAUCAAGAAUGUGAUGCACUUUUUACAUUACUAUAUACCAUACCUUUAUAAGUUGCUUUGAAUACCUUUCCUGUAGCACAGCCACUAACAAAAGUGAAUGAAUUGAAAUUUUUUCUUCAGGAGGGAAUCAGUACAAAUAAACUAUUUAUGGUAUUGGCCUGUGAAGGGCAGUAACUUAGGAAAAUAAAAAUUGUUAGUAUUACACUUUUUGGCCUUAAAAUGUCUUCUACUACUGAAAAUCUUUUAAAUCUUAGUUUUGUUUCUCUUAUUCCCUCUCUCUGCCUCAAAAAGAGGGUUUGGGAAGAAUGGUUUAAAGGAAGUAUCAUUGGUUUGUUGCUGAUUUAUCUUGUAGAAAGAAAAACAAUUGUCUACUAUAUAAGCUGGGGAGUUUUUGUUUGUAUACAGAGGGGAAAUAAUGCCAUCCAGAGCCAAUCAGAUUUAGUGUAAUCAAAUUAAUCAAAACUCAACUAUUCUGCUUCUCCUAGUAUGUUUUUACUUAGCAAAGAUAACUUGAGUAGGAAUGCUACUUGACGAGAGGAAAAGUCAUUUCUCAAGCACAUACCCAAACUUGAAGGAGACUUAACCCAAAAUAAUGGAGGAGAAAACACCAAAUGGGGUGGAGGAAUAUGAGAAAGAUAAGUGGUCCAAAGCUAUCUGGUUAUAUUUUGAUGUUGCCAAUAUUACCAAGCCAAAAUUUUAAUUUGCUUAUUUAAUAUGUUUGUUGGCCAGAGAUCUAUUUUUAUAUCAAUGUGCCUUGCAUGUAUAUUUUAAAAAGUUUGGAAAGGCCAUGUAGUAAUGCCUGAGAUAGUUGAUGGUUCUUAACCACCUCACUAAUUUUUAUGCAGUAUGAAAUGCUCAUUCUAUCGCCCAACUGGUGCUCUCUGUUUAAAGUUAUAGAUCUUGUCACAAACUGGAACUAUUUUAUAAACUGGGGAAGUGAUUUAAUUUACUUUUUUUGUUGUUUCUUUUUUUGUUCUUAAUCUGUUAGUGGCUGUUCUGUAGUGGGAAAUAGUAAAAGGAUUCUUCACUCCCGUUCCCUACCCCCUCAGCACCUUCUUCAAGUAAUGUGAUGACACCAUUUCUUGUGUGCUUUGAAAAAAGUUUCAGCUUGCUGUCUCCUUUAGUGUUAUUAAAAAAAAAAGUGUUAUAAAAAGCAUUGUUUGCAAAAUCUAGGGAGAUAAUGGAGUCCACUUUAAUUUGGAAUUCUUUGUGAGCUAUUAUCCAAGUUACUGGCUCUUUCCAACUAAAAAUUUUUAUUGUUAAAGCACCUUGGCUUAGAAAAUUUUAAGUAUAUAUGUCUGCAACAAUUGUCUCAAAAUAAUGAACUGUGCAAUUCUUGUCAUUAAAAAAAAAAAAAAAAAAAAAAAAAGAUCUGAACUCUCCCUAAUGUGACUUGUUAGUUUCUCUGUAUUUCCUGCCAGUGUAAAUGUGAAAAGCUUUGCUUGCAUUACGUUUUAGAAAUGCAUUUUGCACACUCGAAUUUUGCUGAAGCUCCAUGAAAAGGUUAGAUCUUAGAUGAAUAAAGCUAUGCACAUGUUUUGAAAGUUUAAUUUGUGUGUCAUUACCAAAAGUGACCUAUCCUUAUUACCUUGCUGUUCUUAGCUUUACCAUCAUUAGAAACGUGGCUCAAAGUAAUAGUUCUGGGCUAGCUCAUCAGUAGAACUAGAAGAGCGGAAAACUGGCACCUAAUUUAAUAACCUUCAGUUUAAAUGAGAGCUGGGCUUGUAUCUACUAAAGGGCUUUUCUUGAAACAGGGCAGUUUUAUCAGCUUUACAAACUUUUGGAUGCUCUUACUUCCUCGUGGAAACUUUGGUUUAUUUGAUCAAAUAGAAAUGGGAGGUAACUCAAAUAGGAGGGGAGGACCUUUGCCACAUGGAGUUCUUUGACAAUUCUGUGUCUUAAGCCUGGUUUAAAGGUAGGAUAACCAUUUUCCCUUUAUUGCUUUAGUAUAUGUUUGGUUUUUCUGAAUGAAUGACUUAAGAUUAGAAUCAUUCAGCUGUUUAAAUAUCAAAGCACAGGUUGUUUUAAAGAUAAUGUGUAUCUUUUAAAAAUUGCCCAAGCUGAUUAGAAUAACGUUUAGAAACUGGGCGAAUUUGGUUAAACUGCUGCAGUCUGCAUGUACUAAAUAGCUUUACUUCACAUGGAUGUGUACUUUUAACGAUUGUGUAGAUGUACUGGCCAGGUUUGUCAAAUCUUUUAAAAGAUUGUUUUGUAAUCUCCUUAGAACUUUUAUAGAAGAGGCUAAAUAAGUAGAAGAUAAUAAUGGUAUUUUCCCCAUGCUCCUACAUAUAAAAGAAAUAUUUCUGAUUUGUACUUUUUUUUCCCUAUGUUGAAAGGAGGGUUACUUCUCUAUCAUCAAGUGUGCUCUUGAAGUAUGUUGUUGACUUUGAAAACAGCAAAACCCUUCCUUCUGAAAGUGACAGUCAAAAACUAAAUCUAGUAGUCAAGAUUGGUAAUGUAGUCCAUCGUGCCUGGCCUUAAAAGAGAAAUGAGGGACUGUAGCAUCAUCUUAGAUGGCCGUGGCUGGUGGCUACUCCUCAGCAUCUGUCAGUAGUUCACUUAUGUUUAGUCUUAGAGCAUGUUGAAGGAGCGAAGUAAUUUCUGUGUCUUGUGUGCACCAGCACUUAGGAGUUGUGUUACCUCUUCUUAAUCUGCGGAAAGGAUAAUUAGUGGACUACAAUUAUGUUGGAGGAUGUUUUUCCUUCCCUCUCCCAAUUAAAAAAAAUUUUUUUUCAGUGUUUGUUUUGCCCAGUCAGAAAGAUAGGCCUUUUCUAGAUAAAAGAACAAUGGCCAGAAAUUUACCCUUUUGCUAAUGCUUAGGUAUUUGCCAUAGCUGUUUCUGAUGUCCUGGGUUCUGAGGAAGCGUCAGUUACACGAUGAUCUUCCUUUAUUGAUGUCUUACUCCAUGUUCAGUGUUUUAAAAAUAAUAUAAAUUACAAACACUCUACAUCCAUACCCAGAUUUACUUAUUUUAUCAGAAAAAAACCUUGAGAAAUUUGUAGAUCAAAUUAAGAGACAAUUAAGUGUACAUUGUUGAAUAAAAAAUUUUAAAGUU